AUGCAAAACGUCAUGGAGAUUAUCCACCUGCCCAAGACGCACCUGGGCGAGGGCAGCGCCGUGAGCCUCGUCGCGCUCGGCUCCGUCCUCCUCGUGCUGAGCACGCAGGCGGUGGCGCUGCGCUUCUGGGCGCGAAAACGCACCGCCGCCCAGCUUCUGCUCGACGACUGGCUGAGCCUCCCAGCAUGGAUGACCUUUGUGGCUGCGACGUCUCUCGUCUUCUUCUGCGUCGGUGUUCAUGGGCUAGGAUACCCAAAGAUGGUGCUCAUUCCCGAGGUGCCUUCGCGCAUGACAAAGGCUGUCGCACAGUCUACCAUUGCCAUAAACUGUCUCUCCAUUCUCUGCUUCGGCAUCACCAAGGCCAGCGCGCUGCUCUUCUACCUGCGCCUCUUCUGCGUCGACGGCAAGCACCCGACCCUCCGCAAGGUCAUCCUCGUCGCCCUGCCGGUGGUCACCGUGUGGACGCUCGUGUUCGAGCUCAUGACCAUCUUCCAGUGCGGCACCCACUUUAGCGCGCCGUGGGACGGCACGAAGCUCAAGUACUGCACCUGGUCGUACCCGUCGAUUCAGGGCGUGGCCGUGUCCAACGUGCUGCUGGACCUGUUUGUGGUGGCGCUCCCGAUUUAUCCGAUUACGAAACUGGCGACCUCGCAAAAGAGCAAAAUUGCUAUUGCUGGCGUCUUCCUCAUUGCUUUGGUUGGCGUCGCCGCAUCGAUCGCGCGCCUUGCCAUUGUAGAGCACAUCAUUAAAAUCGGUCGCGCGGUGGUAAACGAAGAUAUGGAGUAUUACAUGUCCAAAGCAGUCUUCUACUUUGUCCUCGAGACCGGCGUCACCGUCACCGUCUUGAACCUGCCUCCGAUCUGGACAGCCCUCGGCAGAGACGCCCGCCUCUUGAGCAACUUUGCGAACCUCGAAGACGAUGAAAGCAAUUAA